CUCACUCCCUCACGCCAUCCCUCUCUCUCUCUGUCUCUGUCUCUCAUCAUCCAUCUCUCCAUCCUUCUCUGUGCUGCUACUGAGAUCGCCAUCGGCCGAGGAUGUCUACAGGCUGUGUGAGGUCACCCCCGGAGACAGCGGAACACAGACUGCAGAGCCAAGAGAUGCACUAUGGUCUGCGUGAAGCCCAGGAGAACACAAAGCUGGAGCGUCAGAGAGAGUGCAGCAGCAGCUCUGGUGAUGUCAACCACAGCAGCGAGCCGUACGAGGACCAGGAUCAGGAACAGAAGAAACCACGUAGGAAAGACACACCCGUGCUCAACACGCCACCACUGAUCCCAGGUGUGAGGCUGAUGAGAGGAGAGGCUCGUCUGAUACAUCUGGAAGACGAGGAGAAAGACAGCAAGAACUAG